AUGAUUUUAAAAUAUGAUUUUACCACCGAUUCAUCUUUAAAAACUUUAUUUGAUAAAAUAUCAUUAACAGAUUUUUGGUGCAGUAGCAGUAUUACUAACGAAUAUCAAUCUCUGGCUAAAAAAGCUAUCUUAGCACUUCUUCCUUUCGCAACAACAUAUCUAUGUGAAACCGGAUUUUCAUCAUAUGCAUCAAUGAAAACCAAAUAUCGUAAUAAAUUGGAUGCUGAAGCAGAUAUGCGUAUUCAACUCUCGCCUAUCAAGCCAAAUAUAAAAAUACUGGUCAAUAAAAAAAGCCAACAUCACGGAUCACAUUAA